AUGUCCGAAGCAAUCCUUCGAGCGGAGCUAGCCGUCGCUAAGGCGCAAUUGGCUCUGGCGCAGGCGCAGGAAGCCACGCGCGUUCAAGACGCAAACACCGUCAACAAGGGCGCCGCAGACAAAGCCACGCCUGGUGGUUCCGUUGCCGCGGACAAGGAAGCAGACGCGGCUGGCGCAUUGCUUGUACCAGACGUCAUGGGCUCGGACAGGACGGCCAGCGACAAGGAGGACUCUUCCUCGACGGCGGUAUGCGAAGAAGCCAGCAAAAAUGUGAUCAGCGCAGAGAUCGUCAAAGGCGACGCAACCAACUACGGCAAUGAUGGCGCUCACACAGAGACUUGGGCCAAGCUCAUCGAGGAACCGUUUAGGAACGACGCGGGCGACGCUGCCGGGCUCGACGUCGACAUAAGCUCCGACGUGGAAGUCGACAUGCAGCCGAACGUCGACAGCCUACGCGUGGCCCAUGAGCUAGCAGAAGCGUCUGAAGACGACCAUCCUGCGGAACUCAGCGAUCAACGCGCAUCGGAGCUGACGGCGAAAAAAGGACGCUCAUCUGCGCGAGCGGCGCGCGCGGCAACUCAAGCGGUUCUGGCUGAGGAGAAUAACGCGGAGACCGCGGAAUCUGUGACGUCAACUCCGAAGAGGAAGAGAAGCGCCACGGACGGGCGGAGUUCGGAUGGGGAAGACGAGGAGGACGAAGACCUUGACGCAGGACCUGGCGUAUUCAUCGUCGCGCUCAACAAGGGCGCCGCUCCUAAGGGACCCAUUUUCGAAUUUGCCGACUCUGUCAUGCGUUUUGCGGCGUUUGCGUUUGCGUACGCCAGCCUGUGGGGCAACGAGCAUCACGCGCUCGUAAUCUCCAUGAUCAAGCCGCUUGUGCAACUCGAAUUAGCCCAUAGGUUUGAGCUCGGGCAUGAGAUGCCCGGCCUUCCGCCCAGUGCGGUUUCGUGGAUCACACACCGCCGUGCGGCAUGCAAGAUCGACGACCCAAGCUACGUGCGGGGCGCGCUCAAGGAGGCGCACCUGGAGCACAAGAUGCUCUCGUGCAUGAGCACGCUGCGGUCUCUCACGUUUGCCGACGUCGCGCUCAUGCACGGGCGCCGUGGGUACAUCUUACUUGUGCGUGGGAUGCUCCAAGCUCGCGCGAGCAACAUCUUAGGGGAAGACUGGGCGAUGUGCGUGGGAGAAGUCGCCCGGCUGCUCGCCGCUUUGGUGCAGGCGAACGACGGCGAGGAUAUGAAAUUCAGCGUCAGAGACCCCGUGCUCACGGCGCUCACCACCAUCGAUCACAAGGCUACAACCGCCGUUACGGCGAUCCUGUCAAAGCGCGCGAACGAGCUGAAGGAGAUGAAUGCAGCUAGGCUGAGGUCCAGCUCGAGCAGCCCAAGGCCAUCCAAGCGCGCUAGACGGUCGGCGUCAGCUUCGCCGACUAAGGCGCCGCGGUCGUCUACGGGUUCGAAGUCGAGGCCGCAGGGAACCAAGAAAACGCGCGGGGUGGAGGAAGGCUCGUCCAAGGGCUCGUCGCAGAAGUGA